GGCCAGCUCCAUCAUCCUCCUCCUCUCUCUGUCGUCGCUUCCUCGCCAUCGUCACCACCCUCCUCCAUCCUCCUCCUCCAUCACCAUCGUCGUCUCUGGCUACAGCGCGCAAGGCAGUGGGAGCGAGAGACACAGAGACAGAGACAAAGACAGACAGACAGAGAGACACAGACAGAGAGACAGACAGAGACACAGAGAGCGGCUUCACGAAGCGAAGUAGGUUUCGCGACGCGAGAUGUCUCUCAACAAGGUGACCAUCGACAAGGUGGACGUGAAGGGGAAGCGCGUCCUCAUGCGGGUGGACUUCAAUGUUCCUAUGAAGGGGAAAGAGAUCACCAACAACCAAAGGAUUAAGGCGGCAGUGCCGAGCAUCCAGUACUGCUUGGAUCAUGGGGCCAAGUCGGUGGUCCUCAUGAGCCACCUUGGCCGUCCCGACGGGGUCCCCAUGCCCGACAAGUACUCGCUGGGACCUGUGCAGCCCGAGCUGAAGAAGCUGCUGGGAAGGGACGUGCAGUUCCUGUCGGACUGCGUGGGGCCCGAGGUGGAGGCGGCGUGCGCCAGCCCGGCCACCGGCUCCGUCCUGCUGCUGGAGAACCUGCGCUUCCACGUGGAGGAGGAGGGAAAAGGCAAGGACGCCGCAGGGAACAAGAUCAAAGCAGACGCAGCCGCCGUUGCGACGUUCCGAGCAUCGCUCUCCAAGCUUGGAGACAUCUACGUGAACGACGCGUUCGGCACCGCCCAUCGCGCUCACAGCUCCAUGGUCGGCUGCGACUUGCCCAUCAAGGCGGCCGGAUUCCUGAUGAAGAAGGAGCUUGACUACUUUGCCAAGGCUCUGGAGAAGCCCGAGAGACCGUUCUUGGCCAUUCUCGGAGGGGCCAAGGUGAAGGACAAGAUUCAGCUGAUCAACAACUUGCUGGACAAGGUGGACGAGAUGAUCGUGGGCGGCGGCAUGGCCUACACCUUCCUCAAAGUCCUGCACAACAUGGAGAUUGGCGGGUCGCUGUUCGACGAGGAGGGAGCGGGCAUCGUGCGCGACCUCAUGGCCAAGGCGGAGAAGAACAAGGUGACCAUCACCCUGCCCACCGACUUCAUCACGGCGGACAAGUUUGACGAGAACGCCACCACGGGCACCGCCACGCUGAAGACCGGCAUCCCCGCGGGGUGGAUGGGCCUGGACUGCGGACCAGAGAGCGUGGCCAAGUUCACGGAUGCGAUUGGGCGAGCACGUCUGAUCGUGUGGAACGGGCCCGUGGGCGUGUUCGAGUUCGCCAAGUUUGAGGGCGGCACCAAAGCCGUCAUGGACAAGGUCGUGGAGGUCACCAAGUCUGGCUGCAUCACCAUCAUCGGUGGAGGUGACACGGCCACGUGCUGUGCCAAGUGGGACACGGAGGAUAAGGUCAGCCAUGUCAGCACCGGUGGAGGUGCAAGCUUGGAGCUGCUGGAAGGUAAAGUCCUUCCUGGUGUAGCUGCCCUAAGUGCUGCUUGAAAAGGGAUCUCAAAAGAUGCCUGCGAUGCGCUUCGUCCCAUCCAACAUGCCGAGCAACGAUGUCGUCUUGUCACUCGCCUGCCUCGACCACACGUGUUUUCUCUUCAGCGGUGCAAAUGGUGUCGAGGCGUUUAUUCCAUUAACAACACGACGCCCGUGUCAUUUUGACGUGAGGUUUGCUUGGUGUGAUUUUAGUUGCGUGCAAUGCGGAGCCCUCGGAGCCAACGUUAUCCAGCUGUCGAUGCCACCGGUAAUCUUGUGCAACGUUUCCUAGCAUUUCAGUAUAUGUCGUGGUCUGACAUUGUCGUAUCAUAGUUCGUGCGAGCACGUCGCCAAUUAGAAAGUGGUCAAUUCACGCCGUAUCCUGUGCAAACACCGACCGUGUAUUAAAACAAAAAUAUUCCGCUCGGAUGCAUUCAAUACUUUGACCUAAUGUCCUCUGCUGUGGUGCGCACUGACUGACCCUUGUGCAAAAGAUGGGAUGUAUCUUGCUUGAGCUGCAGUAAUGUACACGUGUUUUGGCUUCACCAAUCAGAGUUGUACGUGCUGUGUGAUAUCGCUCUGCCCAUUUCAAUCACACAAUCACCCUUGCUUGAAUUGGGAACGUUUGUUUGUUGUGUUGUCAUGUUGUACGAAUAAAGUGUGAUGUGCAGUGCA